AUGUCGGGCUGGACAACUGUUUGGGUGUUUCUCAUCGCUGCGGGUGCAAGCAGCGCCGUCUGGGUUACAGCACCCAAGGGGCCAAAUCAAGUCUUGAUCCGCACAUCGGUGGUGCUGGCAUUGACCUGCAUGUAUCUCAUGUGGUUCAUCAUCUACAUGGCUCAACUACAUCCUAUCGUCAAACCAAAGCGAGGCGAUGUGCGUUUCCUGGAACACUAA